GAAGGAGAACCCAUUGAUCCACUGGUCUUUCAACGGGAUGCUUUUCAGGAAAGGCUUUCAAACUUGCAAAAAUCCACCAGUCCCUCUCCUGUCAAAUGGGUCGAUGCAAUAGGUAGAGACUUUGAGAAAUGCAUGGAUUUGGGCUCUUCUUCUGUCUCUGGAUUGAAACGUGUUGACAAGCCUGAAACAUCUGAAAAUGGCCUCAGACAGAACAUGCUUUAUAUUCAGUCAGGAUCUAAGCACUUGGCAGACUAUUCUGGUCUAUCAAAAGCUUGGAAGAAAAUUCCUACUGAACUCCCAGUAGAUGGGUAUAACUACUCUAUGCAUGGCAUUAAAGUGGGCAAAGAAGAGGAUGUCCUGGUGAUCUUUACUGAAUCAGUCAAUCACUUCUACUGCCAGUUGACAAGGAAUUCACAAGUAUUGGACAAACUCUGGAAGAGUAUUUCAAACCUGCCCAACAAGCUUCAAAGCUCAGAUUGUCAAAUGAAACUCAACAGUAUUUGCUUAGCCAAGUAUAGUGACAAUCAGUGGUACAGAGGUCUUAUAGUACAAAGUUCCCCAAAACUCAAGGUGAACUUUGUUGACUAUGGGGAAACCCUUGCUGUUCCUCAAACAGAUAUUCGCCCCUUCCCUCCUGAAGCAAUCAUUGCCAGGUCUGUCCCUGUUCAGGCUGUUUCACUUGGCCUAUAUAAUGUUCCUCCAGAUACACCACAGGAAGUCAACAAGUGGUUUGCAGAAUGUGCUUUGGAGAAAAGUUUUACCAUUUCAGUAGUGGAAAAAGGGAAUGAUGGGAAACUGUUGGUUGAGAUGUUUGAUGGAUCCCUCAGUGUUAAUGCGAUGGUCAGGGAUAAAGUGAGAAAAAUGAGACUACCUAACAAAACGGCUAUGAGUUCUAAGGAUGGCGACCGGUUUGUCUCCAAGAAGGCCACUGUGUCAAACAAGGACUUUUCCCCACCCGAACUUGCAAGAGGAUCAGUGUUGGACAACCCCAACACUGACAUGUGUGCCACAUAUGUCGUUUCACCAGAAGUAAGGCAAGGGAUGCCGUUGGACAUCAUUCUUGAGAACAGUGAAAGCAAAACCGACACUUUCAUUCAGAGCUCCCACAGCGACAUAGAAACUACUCGGCUUUCCUCUGACUCUUACCUAAAGCAAGAUGUAGUCGGCCUCAUGUACAGGUGGCCAAAUAUUUGCAAAAACAUGAUUCUGGAUGUGUAUGCUUCUUGCAUUGCUGGACCACAGUACUUUUGGUGUCAACCUGCCAACACGGAGACCCUUGACAACGUGUUGUCACUUACUAAAGAUGCUGCUAAGGCACAAGACAUGAUUUCACCUGAGCACUUUGAACCUGGUAGUCCCUGCCUUGCUCUGUUUUCAGAAGACAACCAGUGGUACAGAGCUCUAGUAACAGGGAAAGGAGACGAAACAGUCCAUGUCUUGUUUGUUGAUUAUGGAAAUGAGUGUGAUGUUGAGAAAAAGUAUAUAAGAUCCCUUCCUAAAAACCUGCUAGAGAUUGCUCCUCAGGCAUUUCUGUGCUGUUUGGAGGGUUUUGAGUCCAAGGGCUCCUGGGAUGAAAAGGUUUACGAUGAGUUCUACAGUAUCAUAGUUGACAAGCCACUUAAAGUGAUAGUUGCAGCCAUGGAUAAUAAUUCAGAGAUCGCAGUGCCUCAACAUGCAGUAACCACACAGUGUGACGAGAUUGUGGUAAAUAAAGUACUAGAGAAAUAUUGGAAGCCAUCUUCUGAAGAACAUUCUGGAGAUGAUGUGGAACAAACCCAAACUUCCAAAGACCUUUACAGCGGUGACAUUUAUAACCCUGAUGCCUCCAAAGAGAAUAUGACCGUGUCUAUGUUCAAGCAACCAGAAGUUAUCAGGGCUAAAACGGAAAUGGUUUACGCAUCCUGUAUUUCAGAGCCAAAAUUCUUCUGGUGUCAAUUUGCAGAUACUGAGGAUUUAAGCAAAGUGUCACAAGAAGCUCAAAAAGCCGGAGAGGAACAAGACGAUGUGACAUUCUCUCAGAGUCUAGGACCGGGCAGCCAUUGUCUUGCUCUGUUUCCUGAUGACAAACAGUGGUACAGAGCCUUGGUAGUCGAGAAAAGUAACAAAAUAUUUCAUGUCCUUUUUAUCGACUAUGGAAACGAGUCAGACAUAGACGUUCAAGAUGUAAGACCUUUGCCUCAGAGUCUCCAGGAGAUGGCACCUCAGGCCUUUCUGUGUCGUUUGAUGGAAUUCGACGAGUCUAAGGGUUCCUGGGAUGAGCAGGCUUAUGAUGUCUUCUACAAUCUUCUUGUUGAUAAACCAUUAAACCUGACAGUGGUCAGUGAGGAAAACUAUUCGGAGAUUCCAGUUCCCCAGUAUUCAGUGGAAGUAGAGUGUGAAGGGGUCUCCAUAAAUGCAUUAAUGCAGCAACACUGGAAAGUAUAGAGGAAUGCAUGUUGGAAAAAACCCUUCAAUCAACUGAUCUCAUAGUGGUUCAGCUCAGUCAAAAAUGCCUCCAGUUUGUUUGUAUUAUAAGAGGAGUAAAAGGCAAACACUCAAGCAUAUCCAGGAAUAAGAUGGAGCUUUUUUGACCAUCUUCUCUUGAUGAAUCUUACUGAUUGUAUCAAAAUGGA